UUGCAGUUCACAGUUCACAACGUUACAGUAAAAAUAGGAUAUCCCCUGCCAGUGCCCGUCGUUUAUGUGCCAAACGGCAAAACCCAACAACUUGGCGUACCGAGAACGCGUCACUGGUUUUCCGCCACACCGACAACCGGGCCGUGACCCCGAAAAAAUGGGUCUGAACUGAUAGGUGCCCCCUUCCUUUCUUUCCUGUGUUAUCGUCGGAUUUACAAUCGGCGGCUGGCUGGGUGCUAACGUUAGCACGCUAGCUCUCCGAGAAGAGCAGACACGGCUGUCCGCCGCCACCGUCUCCGGGCUGGUUCUCUCUGCUGCUGCUGCUGCUACUGCAGCUAUGUUCGUGCAGGAGGAGAAGAUAUUUGCCGGUAGAGUGUUGAAAAUACACAUCUGCACGAUGGACGGCACGGAGUGGCUAGAAGAGGUCACGGAAGACACCACUGUUGAAAAACUGAAGGAGAGGUGCUUGAAACAUCACGUGCAUGGAAGUCUAGAAGACCCUAAAACACUUACCCAUCAUAAACUUUUACACGCUGCUACAGAAAGAGUCCUCACCGACACCAAAACCGUUGCAGAUGAAAACCUUAAAGACAAAGAUGUUUUGCUGCUCAUCAAAAAGAGACCGCCGCCAACUCCUCCCAAGAUGGCAGAUGUUAGCUCAGAUGAAAAGAAGAAACAAGAUACCAAAGCUCCAGAUAAAGAUGCUAUCCUGAAAGCCACUGCCAGCCUGUCCACCCGGCACACUGAGCGCACUGUUACCCAGCACAACAUCAGAGAUUUUCAAACAGAGCUUAGGAAAAUCCUGGUUUCUCUUAUUGAAGUUGCACAGAAGCUUCUUGCCUUGAACCCUGAUGCUGUUGAACUCUUCAAAAAGGCCAACGCAAUGUUAGAUGAAGAUGAGGAGGAUCGGGUGGAUGAAACAGCCCUCCAUCAACUCACUGAGAUGGGUUUCCCUGAAAGCAGAGCCAUCAAAGCGCUUAGACUCUGCCACAUGUCGGUGACCCAGGCCAUGGAGUGGCUGAUCGAACAUGUAGAUGACCCCACCGUAGAUGCACCACUACCGGGUCAGGACUCCUCUGGGGCGUCAGGAGCCGCAGCAGCAACAACGCUGAGCCCCUCAGCUUCAGUCAGCGUUCUUCCCAAACUCUCAAAACAAUCGAGCUCAGACGAGUGCAGCCGGCAGGACGAACUCACAGAGAUCUUCAAGAGAAUACGCAGGAAAAGAGAGUUCAGACCAGAUUCGAGGGCUGUGAUUGCAUUGAUGGAGAUGGGCUUUGAUGAAAAGGAGGUGAUUGAUGCUCUCAGAGUGAAUAAUAACCAACAAGAUGCAGCGUGCGAGUGGCUGCUGGGAGACAGGAAGCCAUCUCCAGAAGAUCUAGAUAAAGGCAUAGACACCAACAGCCCACUGUUUCAAGCGAUUCUGGAAAACCCUGUGGUCCAGCUGGGUCUAACGAAUCCCAAGACUCUACUAGCGUUUGAAGACAUGCUGGAGAAUCCCCUGAACAGCACCCAGUGGAUGAACGACCCCGAGACCGGCCCCGUCAUGCUCCAAAUAUCCAGAAUCUUCCAGACCCUCAAUCGCACAUAGAGCCUCCUGAUUACCCUCGUGUGAUUGUGGCAGCUUGUGUGUAUGUAUGAUCAUACCAGGAAAUGUGUGUGUGGAUGUGACCCAAAUAGAGGUUACUGUUAUUUUUUGUUUCUGCCUUGAUAGAAAAAGCCAGGGGAGGUAAAGGUUUGAAUUAAAAUGUUACACUAUUUAUAACAAUAAGUAAAAACGCCUAUAGAAAACAAAUAUUAUUACAGUAAUAAUAUAAACUCUAUAUGUUGUUUUUCUUUCAUACUAAUGAGAACAAUUUACCGAUAUGACAGACAUGAUUUAUUUUAUGUCAUUUCUUCACAUGGAGAAAUGACAUCAGGCAUCAAUUAAAUGUUUACACUUUAAAGAAAACAGUUUUUGUAUGAUUUGCAAUAUUUAAAUAUCAUUACAGUCUUCUUUAAAAUGUUACAUUUUAUCAUUAGCUAAAGCGUGGGGGAGUUCUGUCGCUAUGAUGUUUGGGUUUCUACUUCAAUCGUCGUUUUUCCAUCUAAAGAGCAGGUUGUCUGAGCUGAACGGGCUUUCAGAUGCAGUUCUGGUUCAGUGGUUUACGUACACUCAUCGUUGGCAUGAAUGUCAUAAUAAUCUUUUCAUGAUUUCCUUCAAUGGUUUUCAACAUAAAACUACUGUAAUUAAAUUGUGUGCCGAGGUUUGAAUUAAUUGUAGAUUUUUCUCUUAUCCACAUAGGAUCUAAAUCAAAAUUACAUGUAAAUCUACAUAUAUGCUCACCAAUACUUGGUUAAAUGGGCAUCGACCACAUGCCUUUUCUAGUUAUACAAGGAGCUUCUGGUGUAAGUCUGGCUAGAUCUUUAACCUCUCCUCCUGACGGAACUGGCAGAUUUCUUUUGUUUAACUGGAUUUAUUGGUUCGAUUUAGUGGCCCAGCUCAGCUUUUAAGUAUAUUCCACAAAUCUUCAAAAAGGGUUGAGUCGAGGCUUUGGGAAGGCCAUUCUGAAAACCUUGAUGUAAGCCUGCUUCAUUCAUUCCAACACCAGUUUUAAAGUGUUUCAACCAUCUUGAUGCUGAUUUUUAAAGUUGAAUUUAGAAUAAUUUAAGGAGAGCCUUCAUUAUUUCAUCCACUUUAUGCAAUGCACCAGCACAGCUAGCAUCGACACAGCCCCUCAACAUGAUGCAGCCACCACCAUGUUUGACAGUACAGUGUGGUUUGGUUUAGAUGUGUCCCAUUGAUUCCUCCAAACAUACAAACAGCUCAGCCUUUGUCUUGUCUUACGAUACGGUGUUUCUUUAGGAGACAUUAGGCUUGUCUAAGUGGGUAUCUACAAAUAUCAGCAGAGGCUUCUUCCUUGAUCCGCACCGUCUCAGUUCACACUAAUGUAAAACUAUAUUUACUGUGGUCAGUGAGAUACUGGUUCUCCAGCAGUUACUGGUUAUGCCUAACUGGUUCCUGGCGUUGCUACUGAAAAUCAUAAGGGAUUUCCUUUAAUUUGAGGGUAAAGGUUUGGGUCAGAUAGUAAAAACUAGGACACAAUUGGGUCUCCUAACAGGAUAAUGAAUCCCAAUAUUAACAUUUGUUUUAGAAUAGAUAGUUAGCAGGCUAACAUAAAGCCUUCCUAAAAGCCCGACCUCAGACAUAAGUAAGAUUUGUGGACUGUGUUUGAAAGCCAGGUUCAGGCCAAGAAACCAACUGUUUUUAAUGAAGUCAGCGUUAAGCCAUAAGCUUGUUAAUGGCUACAAAAAGCUGAAUAUUAGUUGGAACGUGUUUAUAUGUAUAGAUGAUUUUUAAAUGUCCAAUAUUAAUAAUGACAUUCAGGCCAAUGAUGAGUGAAUGUAAACUUCCUACUGGAACUGUGUUACACAUUACCUCUCUCCAUUCACACCCGUAAAUCACUGUAAGUCAUGCCUCUCACUUUAAAGAGGAAAACCUGUCUGUGAACAUAAAACUUUUUUGCCUUUUUGGAGAGACCUUGUACUCUAAAUCGUGUGUCGGUCCUGACUUUACAAGAGUAUGUUUUAGUAGACCUGUGUGUUUGUUGUCAAUGUGGACUUGAAUGUCAUUAUAUCUGCGCUUCUUUAGCACUCGUUCACCUGAACACUGCUCACUGCAGCACAGACGAAGAAGUCAAAUCAAGGAUUGUGUCCCAACUCAAAAGUCUGGAGUCGGACAGUAAACGAAGCUGAGCCUGAUGGAAACGGGGGUUUGCCUUUUAAACCUUUAAUUUAAAUCUUUGAAUGAUAACAAUGCGUGCUCAGAUCAUCCUGCUGGGGUACAAGCAUCUUUAUACACACAAAGACACACAAGCUUUCCAGUUUUUUGUCUGAGAGCAAUGAACACUUGAACCAAAAUGUUCCUGUAUAUCAUGCCUUGUCACUAGUUCUACCCAGUGGAAGACAAGAAUCUGCAUUUCUGUGCAAUAGUAAAGACUAGAAGAGAUGUGUCUGAUUAGAGGUUAGAGUGUUUUACAACGUUAGCCUUUGCAUUGAGUACUCAAAAUCUCCAGCUAAACGUUGGAGCUCUUUGCCUCUUGUAGUUACACUAAAAAACAAAAUGGAGGGUGGUGUUUUUUUUGUUGUUUUUUUGCCAAGCUUUUGAGUGUUUUUCUUCUUUAUUUAAAAUGUAGUGCUGAUGUGACUUUCUGCUCAGGGAGGCUUAGAUUGUUGUCAUGGCAAACCCCUACUCAACCGAUUGUUAGUUUGGCAUUUACAAAUGGCUUUAACAAAUCUCUUCAGACCAUAACAUCAAGACAUGCAAUAUUUAACUAAAAUAUAUUUAAAUGUUUUUGGAGAGAA